CAAGAACUGAAGAACAUGAAAAAGAUACACGCAUCUGCAUGUGAUACGUAUGAUGCAUCUCCGCCUUAGUAUGGAUCUUUCCCUGGCAGGUAGCUGUGGUGUGUUGUAACAGCAGCAGCUACCAACAGCAACACACAGCUUCAUCUUUACUCUGACUUGACAUGAGAACAAAGCCCAGCCACCAACCACACGCGCAUCAUUCACCCCGAGCCUUUCCUCCUCUCUUCUCCCAUCUUCCCAUCCCCGGUAUCUCCAUCAAAUGAGUUCAUCUCCUUCCUCCCGUCCUUGCUAGCUAGGGUUUCUCGAGUCUUGGCCUCAUCUCUUGAUCCUCUUGUCUUCUCAUCGGAACACACAGAAACCGUCAUGGAGAGCUUCGUGAAUCUUGGCGGAGGAGGCAGCAGUACCUCCAAGGCUUCCUUCUUGCAGCUUCCGUUGCCGGCUGUGGCGUCGGCACAGGUGAUUCCUCCGCCGGAUGGGCAGCAGCACAGCUCGCGGCUUGCUUUGCAACAGUUACUUGCUGACCCAUCGUCGGCGCAGCAUAGCCACCGAAAAGACGGAGCAGUGGUACAGGGAGAGUUCUCGCCGGCGGAUGCCGAGACCAUCAAGGCCAAGAUCAUGUCGCACCCCCAGUACUCGGCUCUCCUCGCCGCCUACUUGGACUGCCAAAAGGUCGGGGCGCCGCCGGAUGUGGCGGAUAGGCUCUCGGAUGUGGCGGCAAAUCUGGAGGCGCAGCCCGGGCAAGGCCGGCGUCAGCACGAGCCGCCGCGUGCUGACCCGGAGCUCGACCUGUUCAUGGAGGCUUAUUGCAACAUGCUGGUGAAGUACCAGGAAGAGCUGGCGCGGCCGAUCCAGGAAGCGGCGGAGUUCUUCAACAGCGUGGAGAGGCAGCUCGAUUCGAUCACUGCAGACAGUAACCGUGAAGGCGCCGGAUCGUCUGAGGAUGACCAAGACACGAGCUGCCCCGAGGAGGUCGAUCCCUGCGACGAGGACAAGGAGCUCAAGCACCAGCUUCUGAGGAAGUACGGCAGUUACUUGGGCGGCCUCCGGCAGGAGUUCUCCAAGAGGAAGAAGAAAGGGAAGCUCCCCAAGGAGGCCAGGCAGAAGCUACUGCACUGGUGGGAGCUGCACUACAAGUGGCCCUACCCUUCUGAGACGGAGAAGAUCGCGUUGGCAGAGACGACAGGACUGGACCUGAAGCAGAUCAACAACUGGUUCAUCAACCAGCGGAAGCGGCAUUGGAAGCCAACAUCGGAGGGCAUGCAGCCGUUCGCGAUGAUCGACGGCGGGUUCCACGUCCCGCCGGGCGCCGCGGCGCUGUCCUUCACGGCGGACGGCAUGUACCGCCUGGGGUCGUGAGGGGGAAUGUCUAGCUUGCAUGCAUGUGUCCGGAUCGGACGUCCAGCAAAUUUGCCGGUGGUGUGUGGUUUCUGUGGACGGAGUGGCAGCGGCACGGUAAAAGCCGUUGCACUGUUGAUGGACACCAUUGUUCUUCGGUAAAUAUACAGUUUCGGUUUGGUACAUAUUGCUCGAUCUGGAGUAAAUCUGACAAGCAGGCACCAUGUUUUAUCCUUUAUUUUUUGAAGACUAAAGUUGGUACAGUACGUAUGUUCUCA